UCGAAAUUCCUAAAAAAAAGGGUUAGCUUCGGCAUUUCCGAGGAGUGCGCGUGCGUUUGGUGUGGUCAACGGAAGCGAGAUAAAUAAACAGAGAGAGAGAGAGAGAGGUGUGUUUGUUCUCUGAGUAGAAGAAGAUCAAGAUCAAGGAAGAGGAUGUCGAAAGAGGAUGUGUUUGUUGGCGCGAUCGACCAAGGAACGAGCAGCAGCAGGUUCAUAAUAUACGACGCGAAGACUGGAGUAGUAGGAUGCCACCACGUGGAGUUCACCCAGUUCUACCCGCAAGCCGGGUGGGUGGAGCAUGACCCCAUGGAGAUCUUGGAGAGUGUGAAGGUGUGCGUGGCCAAGGCCGUCGAUAAGGCCACCGCUGAUGGCUUCAACGUCGAUAAAGGCUUGAAGGCCAUUGGUCUCACCAAUCAGAGAGAGACCACUCUCCUCUGGAGCAAAUCCACCGGCCUCCCUCUUCACAACGCCAUUGUUUGGAUGGAUGCUCGCACUUCUUCCAUUUGCAGGAGAUUGGAAAAGGAGUUAUCUGGCGGUAGAAACCAUUUUGUGGAGAGUUGUGGCUUGCCUAUUAGCACAUACUUCAGUGCUUUGAAGCUGCUGUGGUUGAUGGAAAAUGUAGAUGCCGUAAAGGAGGCCAUAAAGAAAAAGGAUGCGCUGUUUGGAACUAUUGACACUUGGUUGAUAUGGAAUCUAACUGGUGGGGUGAAUGGGGGAUUGCAUGUUACCGAUGUUUCAAAUGCAUCUCGUACAAUGCUCAUGAAUCUAAAAACCCUUGACUGGGAUGCAUCUACCUUAAAAACCCUUAAUAUUCCUGCUGAAAUUUUGCCUAAUAUUGUUAGUAAUGCCGAAAUUAUAGGAGAGGUUGGGUCUGGAUGGCCAAUUGCUGGUGUCCCUAUUGCUGGAUGUUUAGGGGAUCAACAUGCUGCAAUGUUAGGACAAUCAUGCCGUAAAGGGGAGGCUAAGAGCACUUAUGGCACAGGUGCUUUCAUACUACUAAAUACUGGUGAAGGGAUAAUUCAAUCGAAGCACGGUCUUUUAUCCACUAUAGCUUUCAAGCUUGGCCCAAAAGCUCCAACCAAUUAUGCAUUGGAAGGAUCAGUUGCUAUUGCUGGAGCUGCAGUGCAGUGGCUUAGAGACGGUCUUGGCAUCAUUUCUAGUGCUGCAGAGAUAGAGGAGAUGGCAUUACAGGUUGAAUCCACUGGUGGGGUUUACUUUGUUCCUGCUUUUAAUGGAUUGUUUGCCCCAUGGUGGCGUGAGGAUGCUCGCGGGGUUUGUAUUGGAAUAACAAGGUUUACAAGCAAGGGUCACAUUGCCCGAGCUGUGCUUGAGAGCAUGUGUUUCCAAGUGAAAGAUGUCUUGGAUUCAAUGCAUAAAGAUUCAGGAGAAAGUGAAUCCCAAAAAACAGAGUUUUUGCUUAGAGUGGAUGGUGGGGCAACUGUAAACAACCUGCUGAUGCAGAUUCAGGCAGAUUUGGUGGGAUGUCCAGUAAUUAGACCUGCUGACAUAGAGACAACAGCACUUGGAGCAGCCUAUGCUGCCGGAUUAGCUACUGGGAUUUGGAAAGAAGAUUUUAUUUUCAAUACUGAGGAGAAGUUGAAGAAUGCUAGAGUUUUCCGUCCUGUAAUGACUGAGGAAGUAAGGAAAAAGAAAGUUGACUCUUGGUGCAAAGCUGUUAGUAAAACUUUCGACUUAGCUGAUCUUGCUCUUUGAUGGUAAAACACAGUUUAUGUUUCUUUUUAUUUUUAUUUUUUAUGUCCUUUACUUCUGGGUAUAACUUUAUUUUUAGCCUUACUAAAAUGAAGGGAGUAAUUAUGUCAACUCAAAUAAAUUUGACAUUAUGUUUCUGUAUUGUUCCUUCUUUUCCUUGUAUUUUGGAGAAGAAAAAAGCAUCACAUAAAAUGGAAGAAAUACAUUAGUGGGAGUUUCUUAUUAAUUUUUUCGAUAUUGACAUAUGAGAAUACUGGUACAGAGUACUAUCUUGCAAUUGAGUAUUGUUAUUGAGUGACCA